GCUCAUACCCUACUCUAAACUAUAAAAGCUCCAUAUUAUUAGAGGAGUUGGUAAUAAUAAUUGUUUAGGUGGACAUAUAUACAUAAUAAAUCAAAUAAGGUACACCUACCAAAACACACCCACAUCAUCUACCAAGUGACCACUUUGACAGGAGUAAUAUAUCAUAUAUAUAUAUAUAUAUAUAUAUAUAUAUAAAUCUUACCUCUUGAUUUCCAUACACAAAUCCUUCCCUUCUACACACCACAAUGAAUAAUGAAAAUCUAGGAAAUGAAGAAACACAAGUGGAUGAACAAGUUCAACACCUUAUACAAACUAAUCCAAAGGUAACUUAUAUUCUAAAUAACAAACAUGAAUUAGUUAAUUACCAAGGUUUUUGGCAUCCAUGUUCACCACAUUACCUCAAAACUAUUCUCCUCUUUCAAUCCCACUUUCGAGCUCGAAACACAGACAUAAUCAUAGCUAGUUUUCCUAAAACUGGCACGACUUGGUUAAAAUCUUUACUCUUUAGUAUAGUUAACCGUUUUAACUACCCAAUAACGGAAACCCCUUUGCUUAAACAUCACCCACAUGAGAUAGUCCAUCGCUUAGAGGUCGAUCUUUAUGGGAACGCCUUCGAGUAUCCUCGCCCACACCACCUUGAUCAACUUCCUUCCCCAAGACUCUUCAGUACCCACUUGCCCUACACCUCUUUACCCGAGUCUGUUAUAGACUCAGGGUGUAGAAUUGUGUACAUAAGUCGGAAUCCAUUUGAUACAUUUGUUUCUUACUACUUAUUUUCUAUAGAAGUGACGAAGAAAUUCGAAGGAGAAAACUACGUUGCCCCUAGUAUAGAACAAAUCUUUGAGGAGUAUAGUGCAGGGAGAAUAGUGUGCGGGCCGUUUUUCAAUCAUGUGGUUGGAUACAAGAAGAGUUUAGAACAGACAGAUAAUGUGUUGUUUCUACAGUAUGAAGAUUUGAAGGAAAAUACUGUAUUGUAUGUAAAGAAGUUAGCUGAAUUUGUUGGUGUGCCAUUUUCUGCACAAGAAGAAAAGGAAGGAGUAGUGGAAGACAUAAUAAGGUUAUGCAGCAUACAAAACUUGAAAGAAUUAGAGGUUAAUAAGAGUGGAGUAUUUAACAAGUGGUUUGAGAAGAAGAGCUAUUUUAGGAAAGGCGAAGUUGGGGAUUGGAUUCAUCAUUUUACGCCUUCGAUGGUGGAGAAGAUGAAUAAGCUGAUGGAAGAAAAAUUGGCGGGCACUGGUUUAUCCUUCAGAAUGGCAUAGGUAGGCUGAGGAAAGGAAGAGAUGAUUAGAAUAGAAUUGGGUUUCUCGUCAAGAAAGCGGUAUAUGCUCCAAGCGAGACAACACCUGAGUCUUUAAAGUCUAAAUCACCUAUCUUAAUUAUUAGCUUUUAUGUUAUGUACCUCUGGUUUUUAAUAGUUGCUACAUUUCUAUUUUUUAUGUUAUCCGAAUAUCUUUAAUUUUAUAUGAUAAAAAAUUUAAAAAAGUUAAUAUUAUGAAAAUAUGUAUUAAAACGAAUCAAAUAAGAUCCCACUUGACUAUGUUUUACAGUAUACAUAGAGAAAUAUAAGCCAAAUAAGAUCAGUUGAUGAAUAUAAAUCCAAAGAAAGUAUGUUGUUUAGGGUAGAUUGAAGAAAGGUUAGGAACAACGAGAAUAGAACCAGGUUUCUCGUCAAGAAAGCGGUAUAUGCUCCAAGUAAGACAACAACGACUCUUUAAAGUCUAAAUCCCAUAUCUUAAUUUUCUUUUAUCUUAUGUUCCACUCCAAUCAAUCUAUCUGUAUUGUAUGUUGUUUAGUUAAAAAUCUAUUAAAGCUUUUUUCCUUUUUCUAGUA